UUAAUAAAUAUUAAAUAGGUGGAAUGAGGAACGACUUUGGGAGGUACCUGUAGGAAAUGUUAUGACAUACAGGGAUGAGCUGGAUGGCUUACUGGAGAGUCAGGUAAUAUGGGAACCAUACACUGCAGAGAUUCGUGCUCAGGUUCCAGAGAUAUGCACUUCAGGUCAGGACACUUGGCUCUCCAGAGUUCCUUUGAUCAGUUGGAAAAGGGUUGAGUGGCAUCUCCCUGAUCGAGUACUACGACAAUUUGGAUACUGCCCUUCCACUGAUAUCAUGCCAAUGGAUCCUAGUUUUGUAAGAGUUGAUGGACGUGGUAAGUCAGAUACUGAUUGGGCAUUGUAUCACCAGGCAAGUAUUGCACUAUGGGAGAGCAGGAGAGCAUACAUUGUUACUUGAGAGAUUCAUGGGUUGGACUAUGAUUAUAAGGUGAAGCAAUACUUAGCAUGG